AUUGUGAAUGUGCAUGUACAAGUGCUACCACAUGCCUUUUGGCCGAAAUUUGGUUGUAGCAAACGAUUUUAACUCAAUCAUUCAAUAACGGACAAUUAUUGUUGUGAAAAUAAUGGUUGUUGACAAUCAAAUCGAUCUCGGCCAUUGUUGGCUACCAUAUCGGCAAUUGAAUAAUCUCAUCAAAAAUUCCAUUCGCGAUGGUUCUCUUCAAGCUUGUUCAAAGCUUGAAAGCGCACUCAUCAAACAUAAAGCCGAUUUCAUUUCCGCUAUGAAAAAUGCACCGAAAAAUUCACUACACCGUGAAGUUGUUCGUAAUGCUUGUAAUGAUGGCAUAACGAUAAUUGAAAAUCAGAAUAAAUUAAAAAAAGUCAUACCCCAAGACAUGGUGAAUGAAGCUUUACUCCUGUCCGAUUUAUUCAACCUGAACGAACUCAAUGCAUUGGAAUUGUUGAUUACCGGCCAGAACCAACUUUCCCGCUUUCCAGAUAUGAGCCGCGGAACGGUUGCCGUUCUCUACUACUACGAUAGCAAAAAAAAUCUUUUAAGCGCCUUACAAACAUUAAUUCAGGUUAGCAGUGGCCGCAGUUGGACAUCAAAAUUGUCAAAAGAAAUUUCUCGCUGCAUAAAUCGAUUCGUCAAUGAAUUAAAAGAGGAGAGCAUAGUCAUACGCUGUUGUAAUAUAUUGAAUGAAUUCGAUAUCAAACGCGAGUAUGAUAUGUUAGAAACGAAUCGAGGCCUUGGACCUUAUAGAUACCGGAAACAAGUGUUUGACACAAUGAAAGACAUUCGAAAAAUUACGGCCAACAUCAUAUUCAAUUAUUCAGCACAGACAUAUCUUUCGACAAAAGAAAUGUUCAGCAUAUUUGAGCUUGUUCAAAACAAGAGUUGUUUGGAGAGUACCUAUUUAGAUACAGUAACCACAGAAUUGUUGUUGUCCAUGCUUUAUGCGUUGGAUGUCAGCUUUAUCCAAGAACUCGAGGACGAUGAGCAACGACAAUCUGCUACUAUUGAUGCUUGCUGGUGGAUCAAAAAUGGGAAUGCUUUCGCAGAAUUUGUUUCAAAACUAGACGAAUCUGAAUUUGUCAUCAAAUCUAUCAAACCAAUCAUUCGAUUGGCCGUAUCGUUAAAUCUCAAGACAUUGUCCAUGUACUCGUUGCCUGGUUUGGAUUUGGUAGAAAUUGACGAAGAAAAGCUAAUUGAUCGGGCAAUUGAAGAGAAUGUAUUCGAAAACAUUAACCAACUGUUGGCUCAAAAUAAACAUCUGUACAGUGAAGAAUUUUUCGUUCAUAAAAUUCAUUCAAUCAUCUGUGAUAUGAUUAUGAACAUGUCACAUAAGAUUAAAGAGUUACGCGACAAAGCCGACGAAUCGGGCAUCAUAUUGAAUGCUUUGUCAGCUGAAUCGAUUAAACCUUUCACUAAUUUGUCUCAAGCCUCACUUCAAUUUGAUAAAUUUCUCCGUUUUCUGGCAACUUUCUAUCAUGCCGAUCCUUAUGGCUUAUCUAAUGACUUUUGGCUUAACGUUGAUCAACAGCAGAUUCAUUCGAAAUCUGUUUUAUCCCGUCAGCAAGUACUACACAAAUUCGUUCGUUCAUUACACGAAUCCUUUUUUCCACAGCUAUUGCAUGCUGCUGUCAUUAAAUUCUUUCGGUCACUAGCUCGCCACUCACCAUUCAACGUGUUCAAUCUGAUUAAGAACACAAGUUUUCACACUAGCAUUCAAUUCUCUAUAAGUUCAUUCAGUGAAACGCUAAAUGAUUAUCUAAACACUGUUCGAGGUUCGGACAAUACCGAACGAAUUAGUGCUUCAUUCUCGUUAUCUGUUGGCUUCAAUAAUCACAUUCAUCAACAUGUACAAAAUCAAGGCAACCGACGAAAAUUGGCCACCACAGCAGACGUCGAAUCGAUUUGUGCUAUCGUGAACCUUUUAGAGGAAAUCGUCCAAAAUGAUCGAACCUGUUGUGUGGCUAUUGCUGAGAAUCAGCAAUACCUUUUUAUUCCAAUCAUGGUGUCUAUCCUUCGUUGUGCUGUUUCGCGUGAGUUAAAGGCUCAGAUACUGAAAUGUUUUGCCGCAUUCUCCACUGUAUCAUCCGUGUCGAACAUUAUUUGGCGUGAAAUCGAAACUAUAUUACCUCGCUAUAAUCAAUCAGGUAUGCUUAGUCAUCCAAAAUUAUGGCAGAACGGUAUCGCCAUUGAAAUCGAAGAGAUCGAGGUGAAAAAUGAAGAAUAUCCAAUAACAAUCGCAUUCUUGGAACUGAUGAACACCUUGUUCUCACAUUUGGAAUCUCGCAUGACAAUACAUCAGAUGAGCUCAUCUGAAAGUUGUUUUAAAUUCAUUAUAGAUUCCAUUCUGUUAAAAACUUCCUAUCGUAUCUUCAAGAAUGAAAAUGAAAAAUGGAUCGUCAUGAAACUGGCUUACCAGCUGCUCUUGAACAUUGUACAGCGAUGUGAUUUUAUCGAAGGACUCACUCCUCGAAUGUUGGCCGUGUUCUCACAGAUAUUACAGGAGAAUCUCCUAUUUCGGCAUAUUAUUUCAAGUUUAGAAGAGAGUGUUACCUAUUUGGAAGUCAAUUAUAACCAGCCAACCUUAAAAGAUUAUGAUCAUGGCCCUCAACAAACAUGCAGAUUCGUGGAACAAUGUACCGUUACCAUAUUGUCAUUGCUACGUGAAGUUUGCCAACGUCAAGACCUUUUCUUUGAAUCGAUACGAGGGGCAGCUGGCCUUUGCUUAUCAACGUUUGUCAAAUUUGAUUCAUUGUUCAACAAUAUCAAUCCGCGCACAAAUCGUCAAGAUCGAUUAGUCAUAUUAUUCCGGAUGCUGCCUUUUUCGUCGGAAAUUGCUAUCCAUACAUUACGACUGUUACGUUCGUUAUGUGAUGCAAAUUUCGAAAUGACUUAUUUAUGCUUAAUGCAGUGUUGUUCAAAUGUACAGAAUCCAUUGCUCAAAUCCGAACAGUUUAAUCAAAUGUUUGUCGAAUGCUUGGAACGUGAUAGUCAAGAAUUGCGUAAAGAAACCCUCCUGUUCAUCGACACCUAUUUGGGACAGGGAUCGGCCACUAGCAAAUACACGUUUGCUCACAAAUUAAUUGGUAUCGAAAGUAAACUGUUUUCACUAAAAAACGUUAGUCUUUUUUGUCAGAGCUAUACGUGUUUACAUUCGAUUCUUUCAUUGUUCGAUGGCUCAAUUAUUGAAUGGCAAGAUUUGUUAGAAGAACGUAAAUUAGGCAUGCACAUUAUCUACAAAUUGUGUUCAUCCGUCCAUACAAAUGAGAUCGUUUUGCGUGUUCUACGGUCAAGCUACGAAUUCAACCUUCAAUACUUAAAAUUCUGGAAUAGAUUGACCGUCACACAGUUUGCGAUGGAUCAAAAGCUUGUCGAAUCGUUGCUAUUCGAAAUAACAUAUUUUCUCAAGAUUCUGGCGAUUGACAUACGUAUCACUUCUGAACAGAAGCUUCAAUCCUACUGUUCAUCAUACGUUUCGUUCUUGUUCAAAGAGACCAAAAAACCUCGAAUUCUAGGCUUCCUGUAUCCGUUCGUAUUCGAACAUGACCACCCGACCAUGCAAAGCUUUGAUUAUUUUGAUUCUAAAGAAUUACAGAAAACCAUCUUGGAAAGUUUGAAUGUCGAUAAGACCAUAGAUCUACCUUUGUUGCAUCAGAAAUUGUUCAAUGAAAUCCGUGCUCUCGGUACUCAGAUUGGUCUUUCUUCUUCGAGCCUUCUCCGUGAAGAGAUCAAAAAGAUAAUGCUUUAUUGUACUUCGGUUAAUCAAUCGAUCGAGAUGGUUAAGCAGAAAAGUGAAUUCAUCGAAUCAUGGUGUGAAUUAGUGCAGGUCAUCAUUUUGUGUAGCUGCCUUGCUGGCUCUGGAAUGGAACAGGAGAUGCAAUCUCGUUAUCUUGCCGAGAUUAAUCUUGAGCUCAUCAACAGAAUUAUGGAUCCAUCAACGAAUGAUCAUUUUUACCGAUCCAUCUCUUCCACCAUUCUUAUUGCCUCAUGGGCAUUAAACGAAAUCGAUUCGAAAAGUGUAACAAACAUUUCCUCAUGCAUUCGUUCAAUCAUGCACGUACUGGAGAAUUCCUCGCUAAUAUGGUCGAAACAAAAGCGGGCACGGAUCAAUUUCUAUGCAUCUUUAUUGUACUUGUUUCGUUUGUUGCCGCCUUUGUUAUUCAAAGAAUUACGAUUCUCAUCAAAUCUUUUGGAUAAAUUUACUCGAGAUAUUCUUGCUGGUCAUGAAGUGGCCAAAAUGCUGGCCAUUUCCAUACUUAAUCGUUGCGAUUGCACCAAUUGGCUCAAUGAAUUAAUACUGAAUGGUUCAUUGAAACAAUUGCUUUUGAGUCUUUUAUCAGACGAACGAGAAAUCCGAGCUAACAAAUACGAAUUCAUCAAAGCUUUUUACGUUUUUGAAUCAAAAAUGAUGCUAUUGCUAAUUAUAUUCUCAUCUACCAACGUUGACUACCUACUGAAUGGUUUGCUAAACAACCUCGAUCUGGUUCAAACGCUCGAAUCACUGCAAUGUUUUGAUAUGUAUCCAUAUUUGAUAUGCGAGAAUCCUGUUUGUUUCAAGAUGUUUGUCUACAUUUUACGGCUCAUGAUCACUAUAACAACUAUCAGCAAUAACAGGCAGAUCAUUUCAGAGUUUGGCUCGUUUAUAUCGGCCCAUUCAAUUUUGCAUGAUUUGAUCCGUUUGGCCCCUACAAUUAAAGAAAGCGUUAACGGUUCUGAACUAUUGCUGCUAGUUUCACGUUUGAUCGGCCGUCUCGUUUUGAAUGUAAAUCGAACGCUACAAACAAAUUUUAUUGGAUUACUUCCACUGUUUUGUUCAGGUGAACAAUCUUUGGCCUCAACAGACGGUCAGAUUGUUUUUAUUAUUCUAAAUGCCUGCGUACAACUUGUCUCGUCCAAUGCAACAGAUCAACCUUUAUUCGAGCCCUCACUCUCAUACACCGAUUCUCGAUUGUAUUGUAAGCACAAUCUUGGCCUUUUGGUUUCCAUUAUUCAUAGAUGCACAACUCGCUCCAAUGAUUUAGCUGAAAGUAUUGCCAUAAUUGAAUCAGCUCUCUACCUGUUAUGGACUCAUUUCAACAUGUAUUUUUCCAUGUCGACUACAACGGCUGACUUAUCCUUGGAACUAAUGCAAGAUAUUGAUUUGCUGCGAUCACAAGCCGAAUCAACAUUCAACGAAGUAUUUUUUGCCAAGAUACAAUCUGUCUCUGGAGCGAAUAAUAACGUAUUUAUAGAUGCUCUUAGUCGCCGUAUCAAACGUAUUGUCUACCUAAAACAUACUCAUUCCUUUUCAUUGACCAGUAUUGCUAAUGACAGUACUUGUCCAAAAAGCCAAAUUUUUCUUCGCAAUUGAAACCAUCACCUUAUCCGUAUUUAAUCUUUACAUGAUUUUUGUCAACAUCAUUUCUCUAUUGUAUUGUAUUGUAUUGUUUUAAAAUAAUUGUUUAAAUUUCUAUAUUGAAA